UUUGUCGGGUUCUCCUCUCGACUCCUUUCUCCCAUCUUCGACCUCUCUCUAUCGUUCUCUCUACCAUGGAAGUCGUUCUCUCUGCCAUGGAAGAAAAAGCCAGAUCUCCUACCUCACCAUCAACGUGCCAAGGACAUCAACAAGCAGAACACACAGAUGCCUUUGUCAAUUCAGCUUUCUAAUCACUUCUGCUCUCUAUCAGACUUCAACUUACAAAAGGACCCUUCAUUUGGUCACGGACCUUGUUCUCCACAUCACCGAUUCUCUCACACUGAAGAAGCAAAAAUGGCCGGAGAUCGAAACGGUUUGAUGCCGGAGAAAGCCGAAGGAUAUUCAGAGAGAAGGGAUGAAGAAGAAGAAAAAGAAAACGAAAGAAAAUCCAGGAAAUCGCGAGAAAACUCCGGUUCCGAUUCCGAAGAAGAUAGAAGAAAGCAAGGCAAAUCGAGAAGGAAAACGAGGGAAAGUUCCGACUCGGACGGCGAGAGAAGAAAGGGGAAAUCUCGGAGACGGUACAGCAGCAAAGAGGAUUCGAGCUCGGGCUCAGAGUCCGAGUACUCGGAUUCCGAGUCGGAAAGUUCGGAGUCGGAGGAGAGCGAGAGCGAGGGGGGGAGAAGGAAGAGGAAGGAGAAGAAGAGGAGGAGAGAGAAGGAGGAGGAGAGAGAGAGGAAAAAGAGGAAGAGAGAGAAGGAGCGGAAGAGGAGGAGACGAGAGAGGGAAGAAGAGAGGAAGAAGAAGGAAAAGAGGAUGAAGAAGAAGGAAAAGAGGAGGAAGAAGGAUAGAGGCAAGACAGGAGCCGUCACGAAUUCGUGGGGAAAGUACGGGAUUAUCAAAGAAACUGAUAUGUGGAAUAAACGGCCAGAGUUCACGGCAUGGUUGGCAGAGGUAAAACAGGUUAACCUGGAAAGCCUGCCUAAUUGGGAAGAAAAGCAGAUGUUUAAAGAAUUCAUGGAAGACCACAACACAGCGACUUUUCCUUCCAAAAAGUAUUAUAAUCUUGAUGCUUAUUUCAAGCACAAAAUGGAAAAAGACAUGAAGAGAGGUUAUAAGAAGAUCCAGGUAUCAGAACGCACUGUGUUCAAUGAUGAAGAACAACGUCGCCAAGAACUGCUGAGAGAACGUGAAAAGCAAAAGGAAGCAGAGGUGGACGCUUUGAAGCGCUCAAUGCAGAGUGGAAUGGCACAAGCAAUGAAGGAGCAAGCUCAACUGAGGGAGGAGAUGGUUUAUCAGUACAAGGUUGGAAAUUUAGAGGCCGCAGCUGCUAUUCAGCGAAGACUGGAUCCUGAUGUUGCCAUGUGAAGAUGGUUAGCUGUAUAACUCAUGAUACAAGUAAAAUCACAUGUGAUGUUAUUAAUGUUGUUUGCGGUGCCUAUGGAUUUCCUACUGAUACAACUUCUAGAAUGCCUUUUGGCUUUUUGGCCACUGCAUGAUCUUUAGUUCUAGGACAUAACAUAUUUGGUUGUAUUUUUCCUCUCUAAUCAUUUUUGCAGAUAUAUUAGGAUCGAAUUACCUUAUCGCAAUGCAUUAUCAGAUUCAGCCCUUUUGUUUUGUGCACAUUUCUGGGUUACCUUCUGAUAUACAAGUAUUGAAACUCCAUCGCAGAAGGGCCCUGGUAUUUCAGCCGUCUUUUCACCUUAUGAGUGGAAUGAUGUGAGCUUGUAAUAUCUGAAUUUGCGCUAAUUAUGUUCAUUAGAGAUGUAUAAUUUUAUUAGGAUAACAUUUUUAUGCCUGACACUGACUUAUAGCUCGUCCUCGUCCUUGUUUAUGCCAUCCUUUUCUGAACUCC